GAAUGGUCAGCUGUCGCCGCCUGUCGACGUAUCCGAUCCGACCAUUUUUCCGGCGUGGCCACUGUCCCGCGCGCGGAGUGCUCCACGCGUCCAUCCCCAGCCAGGCGUCUUUCCCUCCUUCCUUCUCGCCGCCGUCGUGUCCUCCCUCCUCCAUCCCUGCAGCUGCAGUGCGGGGUGGUGGACGGGAGAUCUCCGCCCCACCUCCGAUUGGCUCCUCUUUCGCCGUUGCUUCCGUGUUCCGUUCCUUCUGCAGAAUUAUUUUUCCAUUUGCCGCCGCCGCCGCCACUCAAAUCUUUCCGCAAGUGUCACUCGAGUCCUCCUUCCCCUGUGCCGUGCUGCAGGCUGCAGCCAAGAGAAGCUGCUGCUGCAGAGAGAGCCUUUGGUCCUUGGAUUAGAUGUGGAAUGAAGCGGCGGCAUCCGAUGGAUCGUCCUCUAGCUUCCGGGAGUUGUACGGCAACAUCCACGGCCCCGCGGUGCUCACUGGCGCCGCGUUUGCGCUUGUCGCGCUCCUCAUCUCGCUCUGGCUCAUCCUGCAGCACCUCAGAUCCUACAACGAUCCAGCCGAGCAGAAGUGGAUCAUAGCUGUGCUGUUCAUGGUGCCUGUUUAUGCUUCUGAAUCUAUAAUUUCGCUGUGGAAUUCAAAGCUCUCUCUGGCUUGUGAUAUAUUGCGGAAUUGUUAUGAAGCCUUUGCUCUGUAUGCCUUUGGACGAUACCUGGUCGCUUGCCUUGGCGGGGAACAACAAGUGUUCCAUUUGCUUGAGAACAGAAGAAGGGACGACCUGAGCGAGCAGUUGCUAGAGAGUCAAGACAAGACACAUGCUCAUAACCGAAGCAGAGUGUACAGUUUCUUUUGCGACCCUAAUGCUCUGGGAGAGAACUUGUACACGAUUAUAAAAUUCGGUCUUGUGCAAUAUAUGAUUCUGAAGACACUAUGUGCUUUCUUGGCGUUGAUCUUGGAGCCUUUUGGAGCCUAUGGAGAUGGUGAAUUCAAGUGGAAUUACGGAUAUCCUUAUAUUGCUGUUGUCAUAAAUUUCAGCCAGACAUGGGCAUUGUAUUGUCUUGUAAAAUUUUACAAUGCAACACAUGAAAAACUACAGGCAAUAAGGCCACUAGCCAAGUUCAUAAGCUUUAAGGCCAUUGUAUUUGCCACUUGGUGGCAAGGAGUUGGCAUUGCAAUCAUUUGCCAAACUGGACUCCUGCCCAAAGAGGGAAAAGUGCAGAAUGCACUACAGGACUUCCUCAUUUGCAUUGAGAUGGCUAUCGCAGCUGUAGCGCACGCCUAUGUCUUCACUGUGGAGCCAUACCAGCACAUCCCUGUACCGGAUGAUCCUGAUCAUGGGGAAGUCACGUGCGAGGAAAGUAAAAUGGAGGCGAAGUUAGAUGUCAACGAUGAUACAAGCAGUACACCAACUACCAUUGAGCAGCAGGAGACCCAUGUUGAAGCUCCAGGGACAAGCAUCAAGGAGAGCGUGCAGGAUGUUGUCCUCGUCGGCGGCCAUCAUGUUGUCAAGGAUGUUGCCCUUACAAUCUCGCAAGCGAUUGGGCCUGUGGAGAAAGGCGUCGAAAAAGGCGUUGGGAAGAUUCAAGAGAAGUUCCAUCAUAUCUCGCUGAAGCCAGGGGAUAAGAAAGAACCUGAAGUUGAUGUGGAGGAGCACAUAACUGAGAAUGUGGUGGAUGGCAAACCUGUUGAAGUCAACGCAGAGGUUGAAGUCGAACAGAAGGUGCACGAUGGUGGCGAGGAAGGGAAAACCGCCGUGGUUGAGACUGAUGUGGAAAUCAAAAGAACAAAGAAGGACGAUGAUCACUAGUGCGCACCCAAAGCAUCUGAAGAAUUGCAUAAAGCUAACGAAUGUGGAAAGAAAACGUGUACAUAGUUUAUGUACUCUUCCCCAUCUAUUCUGGGAUUGAGCCAUAUCCUCAUAAAAACAAACAGUACUUUCAGUCAUAUCUCUUAAUACAGUGAUUUGAAUUACAUCGACGCUGCAUACAACUUA